UCUCGAGUCUGUUCUCUGUCUACUGAACUAAAGCGAUUAUUCGCUUUACCAGUUCUCAAGGUUCCACACAUUUAGCUGUAAAUUAUAGUUUGGAACAUUACAGAGUGAAAAUUCAAAAAUUCAAAAAUAUUAAUUAAAACUUUAGCAUUUUUGGUCCAUCAUAAUGCACCGAAAUAAACAGAUUUUAUGAAUAGUUAUAGGGAAUUAAAACUUAAAAUAUGUAUUAGAAGCACAAAUAGCAAUAAAAGCAAUUCAAUAACUUUAAGGUUAUUUAUUCAGAUAUCAUUAAGUAUCCUCUUAUGAAAAUAAAAUUUUUAAAGGGUAUUCAGCACUUUUCCGGCGCUUAAAACUUUUAAUUUAACUCAUAGUAUCUUAUUCUUUCUAGUAUGUGACUGUGGAGGAAACGGUAAAUGCAUUUUCGACAUAAAUGGAAAAAAGAGCUGUCAAUGUGAAGAAUCUUUUAAGGAAUAUAAUGGAAUAUGCGUCUUUUGCAGCUGUUAUUAUGGUACUUGUGUUCCUAAGGAAAACGGGUUUGAAUGUAUCUGUAAUGAAGGAUACCUGAAUAUUGACGGGAAAUGCAUUAAAUGUGACUGCAGAAAUGGCGAUUGCAGUAUCGUAGAUGGACAGAAAAAAUGCACUUGUCAUCCUGGUAAUGCGAUGAAAGGAGGAUACUGUGAACCUUGUAAAUGCGGCCAAGACGCAGAGUGCGUCUUCGAAGUGUGGGGAAGUGAUGUUCAAAAAAAAUGUUUUUGUCCUAAAGGUUACAUGCAAGACAUAGAUGGAUGGUGUUCAAGAUUUCCGGUUUGCGAAGAUGGGGAAAAGUGCCCCAAUUCAACGGUAUGUGUGAAUACAGAUGAAGGCUACAAAUGUGUUUGCAAAGAAGGUUUUCGGCGCCUCCGAAAGAAUGCCGAUCCCGAACAAUUUGGAUGUGAAGAUAUAUGUGGCCAGAAUAACUGUGUAAGAGGAGAAUGUGAAGUAACUGGUGAUCAUUAUCACUGCAGGUGCCAAGACGGUUACGCAGGAACUUACUGUGAAGUUGAACUUGAUGUCUAUCCUAAAAAGAAAUCGAUGGUAGUUGCUUUCUCAGUUCUUGCUACACUCAUCAUUGUGUUGCUGAUUGCAACAGUUUUCCUUUGUAGAAAGGUUCGAUAGCCAUAAGCCAAAACUUUAAACUUUUAGAAAUUCAGAUAGACAUGUGAAUUAUGAGUCAUGUCGCCUGAAUACCUGAAUCCUUUUAAAGUACAGCUGGGCAUGUGAACUGGAUAUGAACUUGGAAAUAAGCAAGAUGAUCCGAAGAAAUGAAAGCAAAUUAUUAUGAUUUAAAAAUAUCCUAGCUUUCAAGAACGAACAUAAUUUUAAUAUAUAGCAGCACAUUUCGAUGUACAUUUUUACCUUUAGAGUAUUGCUUAAUUAAAUUAUCUUUAAUAUUA